GUGGAAUGCGCACGACACGAUGCGCAUCGAAACCAUCACAUGCACACAGCCAACUACGACCGAGACAACGAAUGUAUCCCGGGGAUUGUGGGCUCCGGCCUUCGCCCCCAGCGACCGGUACGAGCCUAUCCGCCUCUGGUAGGUAUGGUCGAGGUGCCCUCGUCUUCUGGCGGACCAUGCGGACGGGCUCGGCAUUGCUACCCACACAGCUCGCUCGUAUAUGUCUUCUCCCGCAGUUCCCUCGACGUUCGCGUGGUACUGGUCGACCAGCUCUCGGAAGGCCUCGUCGAUGCAGACGAGGGCGACAACCCCCGUCGCGGCGGCGUACUAUCCGGAUUGGUCCAGUGACAGCUUCCCGCCUUCGAGUCUCGACUACUCGAAGUUCGACAUGCUGCUAUUCGCGUUCGCGACGCCGAACUCGUCGAACAAGAUCGACUGGGAUGACGGCUCGACCGACACCUUGAAGUCGCUUGUCAGUGCUGCACACGGCAGCGGCCAUGGCACCAAGGUUGUGCUCUCCAUAGGUGGGUGGAGUGGGAGCACCCACUUUUCCCAGGUCAUGAAGCCCGCCAACCGGAAGACCUUCGUGCAGGCGUGUGUUGAUGCAGUCAACACGUACAACCUCGAUGGGAUCGAUAUUGACUGGGAAUACCCCAACCAGUCCGGUGCAGGGAACCCAUACUCCUCAGCCGAUGCGGCGAACUUCCUCAGCUUCGUCACCGAUCUUCGUAGUGCCAUUGGCGCGGACAAGAUUAUCUCCGCUGCAGUCACCGACCUCCCCUGGGUCGGUUCGGAUGGCAACCCCCUCACGGACGUCUCUGCUUAUGCCAAGCAGAUGACGUACGUGAACAUCAUGAACUACGACAUCUUCGGGGCAUCAUCGACCCCAGGGCCAAAUGCUCCCCUGGGCGAUCUUUGUGGUACCUCAUCGCAGUCGCAGUACAAUGCCAAGGCGUCCGUGAAGCAGUGGACCGCGGCUAAUUUCCCUGCCAGCCAGCUCAUGCUCGGUCUUCCGCUCUACGGUUACGUCAAUAAAAGCUCGAAGAAGUCGCUCUCCGACGGCACUCUCCAGCACACGAACGGCAGCGCUCUGGAAGCCUACCGCGAAGACGUGCUCGGGUUGGCCGGAAAGAGCUACGUGGCUGGGCAGAACCUGACGAACCUCGAUGAGGUUGACGCUGGUGAUGCGCAGCUGAACGCGUUGAACGGAGCACACCCUCGUCCUGCUAUCACCCAGAAACCGGCGAACUUGACUGCCUUGGCUUCUGGUGAUCUCAGCUCGUACUAUGGGCAACAGAUCGCGUUCAGUGAUCUCAUUUCCUCUGGAGCUCUCAAGGACUCGUCGGGAACGUUCACGGCUGCUAAUGGUUAUACCUAUGAAUUGGAUAACUGCAGCGAUACGCCGUUCAUCUACGAUACCGCGCGCAAGACCGUAGUCACUUACGACGACCCGUCCUCGCUUACCGACAAGGCCACAUUCGCGAAGAACUCCGGACUUGGCGGUGCUUUCACUUGGUCCCUUGAUCAGGACUACAAGUACGUUCUGCAGGACGCCAUUCGUUCUGGUUUGGGCUUGUGAUCUCCGAGUUCGUACGCCAGCUGGCGAUAUCGUAUACCACCAUCAUUUGCCGUGCUUUCAUCUUUGGGUUUCAUCUCGUCGCUCCUUAUCGUUCCUAGCAAUGCACUAUAGAUAUAAUACCAUUAUUACAGGUCUACACCCACGCAGUUCUGC